AUGGCUGCACAAGAUAUCUCAAUUGAGGUUUUCAAAGAUAACCUUCGCCACCUUCUUAUGGCAUCUCCCCUUCGCCAAGUUGAUACUUUUAAGAGCUUGACUUCGAAUUCUCUUGGUUUUAAGGAGCCAGCAAAGGAUGUCACUAGUCAAUAUAAUGUGUUAAGCAGUGAAUCCAUCUUUUCCUCCAUCGCGGCUGCGCCUGGAGACCGGCUUCCAUGCCUAGGCCUCGAUCCUGGCUACAGAAACGGCUGCAAAUGGGCUGUUUGUGAUGCACAUGGUGAUCUUAUAAAGGCUGGCGUUAUCUUCCCGAACUCGGAAAACAGGCAACUUCAAGAUUCAUCGUACUACAAGGGAUACUCUAAUGAAAACAUCCACUGGAGUUCAAAGAGGGAUCUUAAUCUGGAGGAGAUGCUUUGCACCAUGCGGCGCCAUUGGAUGGCCAUAGUCGGAAAUCUCCUUGCUCGUCAAGCCUUAUCAAACGGAUUUUUCAUUUCACCCUCAUAUAGUGUAACAACAAUCGCCUUAGGCAAUGGAAUAGGCAGCCGGCCAACUAGCAAAUGGCUCUCCUCCAGCAUAAAGCAAGGCCUUUUUUGUCCGCUAGAGGUUCGUUUUACAAUUGUUAGCGAGGCAGGAGCUUCGAUAUAUAGUGCUUUGCCCCUUGCUGAUCGGGAAUUGCCUGAUGUGGACGUCUCACUACGUGGUGCUGUCAGCUUGGCUCGUCGAUUACAGGAUCCACUUGCUGAGCUUGUCAAGAUUCCACCUCAGCAUCUUGGAGUCGGGCAAUAUCAGCACGACUUGCCUCAAAAGUAA